CUCCUCCCGCUCCGCCCCCUUUAAAGUCCUCGACUUCCGGCCUCGCUCCCCCGCGUUGGCCUCUCUAGGCCGGUGUCCCCGCCCGCGGAGGACUACGUUUCUCGUCUCUAUGGCGCGGCCUCUUUAGGCGGCGGAGGGGGCGGGGCUCCGUUCUUCGGUGGGCGGUCGAGGACAUGGGGUCGCUGUUCAAGGCGCUGCAGGUGGCGGCGGUGCUGGGCGCGGGCGGGGGCUUAGGGGUCUUCCUCUUCGUGCUGGUGACGCCGGGGGAGCAGCGCACGCGGGAGCUGCUUAAGGAAAUCCCGGAGGGGAACCCGCAGCGGUGGGACGAGGCGACCAAGACCAAGAUGCUGUUGCUGGACACGCUGCGGGAGGCCACCGAGACGCACGAGAACGUGGCCUGGAGGAAGGACUGGAACCGGCGGGAGGGCGGCCGGGCGGCCUGACGCCUACCCGGGCUCCCCUCGGAACUCGGGAUCCCCCCCACCCCCACGUCGCGGGCCUCGCGCAUCCCCGAUACCUGAGGGGCUCUAAGAGGCCGCUGCCUCCUCGCGUUCCCCAGUGCGUUAUAAACUCUGGCUUAAUAAACGGGACUCAGGGCUCA